AUGAACUGUCACCAAGUAUUAAGUGGUGCCUGUAAUUCAGGAGAUCAAUGUUUUGCUGUUGGUUCUGUGGAAGGAAUACCUUUUACAGCUUAUGCAGCCGGAUGUAACAUAGUCAUCCUUGCAUCAAACUUUGAACGGGUUCAAAUAAUACCUGGUGCCAUUCAUGGCUAUGUCCGCAUCAGUUCUUUAGACUGCAGUACAGAUACAGGAAAAAUUGCCGCAGCGUAUGGAGCAGAAGUAUGCAUUUUUGAACCUACACCCUUAAUUCACACUGCUGGAACAACACAUGGUCUGGAGUAUCGAUGGGUCCAGACGGGGAAGCUGGUGGCGGAUGGCCCUAUCACCGCGCUAUCUUGGAACCUUGAGGGCACUCGGCUGCUCACCGGCGGGAAGGUCCUUCAGCUAUGGCAUCAGGCGUCCUUGUACCAAGACGACAGUCAACCGAGUUCGGGCGUCACGUUCCAAAUUGGCGGUGACAAGGAAGAUAAACCAAAACAGCCAGAGGACGAGGAACCGGGUUGGAUAUGUGUGUGGCAGUGUCACACAGCGACGCCCGCGCAUCAUCUAGCCUUCUCGCCAGAUGGCGUACUCUUCGCUACGUCCGGCAUGAACGACAGGCUGGUUAAAAUCUGGCAUCAGAACAAAGUCCUGGUGCAAGCGCACGGAGAGCAUUCGCCGCCCGAGUUGAACUACACGUUUAUCUACGUGGCACAUCCGCGCGCCGUCACCCACUUGUCAUGGCGGAAGACCAGCAAGUAUAUGCCCAAGGGCAGCGUGGGCAACGUGCUGGUGACGUCGAGCGUGGACAACAUCUGCCGCGUGUGGGCGGAGACGCUGCUGCCCGAGGACGAGUGGGGCGGCGGCUGCGUGGCGGCGCACGCGCGCUCGCCCCCGCGCCGCCAGCGCGCCACGCACCGCCACAAGCACCGCUUCAUGCAGCGCCUCAAGCACAUGAAAACAUGCUUUCACAUACGAAGGAACGCCCAAUCCUCCAAGCAGCCCGGUGCCCCCAUUCCAACGUUGCCAUCCACGUACAGCGCCCACGAUUUCCAUAAUCCCUACCACGCAAGUUCCUACACAGGUGGUCUCCACUUCCACUUGGCGGCGUCGAUAAACGCCGAGACGGACAUCCCCCUGGUGCCGUCGCUGGCGGCCGGUGGUCGCUUCAUACUCCACUGGCUCCACAACAAGGAGAUGCACUUCACCAGCCAAGCGGAGGCGAUACUGCACGACCUCACCAAAAAGGUAUUAGAUAAAGAAGAGAACGAGGAGGGCGGUUCUGGUAUGGAUCACACCACACAUCCGGACGGAGAGAAUGAAUCAAGCAACGGCAACCACAGCCACCCGAGCCUCUCGAACACCACGUCCAUAAACUCGAUCGCGACGGACGUGACCUGCACCCACCUGCCGGACUCGCUGGACGCCAAGAUCGAGGCGCUGCUCCGCGACUGGCACCAGAGCCCAGACCUCCUCUUCUCCAUCCACCCCGUCGACGGCAGUUUCCUCAUAUGGGUGUGCGAGUGGCUGGACGAGGUGCAGGCGGGCGCCAUCCGGCAGGCGCAGGUGUCGUUCUCGGCGCGCAUCCCGAGCGCGUUCCCGCUGGGCGACGCCACCACCAUGUGCACGCCGGCCGCGCUCUACCACGCCGCCGCGCAGCCGCUGCACGUGCGCCACCGCACCAAGCCCGUAGCGCCCGGUCCACAACAACCCGAGCCCGUGACGACUCCGUUAGCCAGCGUGCAGGAGGAGAAAGACGAGAACGAGUGGCCCCAGCCCGCUGAGCAUAAAAACACCCAAGAGAAUGGCCACCGAGAAGAGAACAACAACGAGAUGCAGCGGAGGGCGAGCGUGGCGACGGACGAGCUGGCGGAGAAUCAGGACGGCGACGUGUUGGAGUCGGCGCCCGUCAUCUCGAUGGUGACCAACCACACGAACGGCACGCUCAACCUCUGGCAGCUGACGUUCGACGACAAAUCGAAAUUUUCACAGGUGCUGUCAAUUGGCCAUGCGUCAAGGGCAUCCGGACACCGAUUUAGAGUCAACGACAUCACAUGCCAUCCAGUAUUACCACUAUUGCUAACUACAAGUCAUCAUAACAUAUCUGACGCGGAGCGCGGCGUGCAGCCCCCCGAGGAGGCGGCGGCGGGCGGGCUCUGCUCGGAGCUGAUCAUGUGGCGCGUGGAGUGCGUCGGCCCGCUCGCCAAGUCGGGCGGCGUGGCCGAGCUGGCGCGCGUCAACUCGCCCCACCUCUCCGCCUUCAGCAACGUCGCCUGGCUGCCCACGCUGCUGCCCAGUUCCACUUUAGGAAACUUGUCGAAUUCGCCAUCCGCGUGCUUCGUAGCUAGCGACGGUGAAAGUCUGAGGCUCUUCCAAGCAGUAAUAGAUGCCCGCACUUUACUCGCCGAAAUAGCGACUUCGGAGCGCCGCCAUAAGGAUACAAUGCAGCAGCACGACACGCUGUCGAUGUCGUCGGAGUCGAGCGCGGAGGGGGCCGGCGGGGGCGAGGGCGGCGUGCCGCUGCACGAGCGCAUCCGCAUCGUGUCGCAGCAGUCGACCGCGCGGCCGGGCGCCGUCAUCCAGCUGCACGCCAUCGCAGACGCCGCCCACGACUGGCACAACACGCAGCUGCUGCACGUCUUCCAGGAGCAGCUCAUCACCGGCGAAAGGACGACAACGGACACGGAAUACGCCGAUUCUGGUGUCGAAGGGUCGGACGUGAACACGAUCACCGAAGCAGGGUUCGAAGCAAUAGUCGAUUUAAGGAAAGCUGCGGUGUUCAACGAGCCUUUCUACAUUGUUGUGCUCGAGCGUACAGAUGGCGGGUCCACGGUGCACAUGUGGAGGCUGAUGGUCUCCUCUCAAGCGGAUCCUGCCGAUGAUAUGACAAACAGCAUGAUGUACGUGCCCGACAGCGCGUUAGUACAGGAGGAGGAAGGGGAAUCCCGCAAAAAUUCGGUGUCCGUCGACGCGGAUCGAGCUCUACCUCAAGCACCAGUCCACUCGCAUCUAUCAAUAUCCACUAAGAAGGUGUGCGAGUGCCCGCUAUCACUGCCGGAUGGCGUAGACGUCAUACACGCGACGCCGGCUGCGGGUCAUCUGAGCUCCGCCUCCAUAUACCCGGCCUGUUUGGCUCCCUACAUAUUAGCGACUGCCUGCUCGGACAGCACUUUGAGAUUUUGGAAGUGCAAUGUUACCAAGAACGAGAAUGACGAAAUGGAAUAUUCUUGGAUGGAGUGGGAAAUGAUGAACAAGGAUCAAGAAUCGGCCAUAGACAUUCCAGGGCAGCCGCUGCACAUCAGCGCCGCGUACUCCGGGCGCAUCGCGUGCGCGUACAAGUGCGGCCGCUCGUUCACCCGGCCGAAGGGCGCGGGCGCCGGUGCGGGGGCGGACGCGCGCUUCGUGAACCUGUGCGUGUGCGUGUACGAGUGCGAGAGCACCGGCGGCGCCGAGUGGCUGCUCGAGGACACGAUCCCGCUGCGCAACGUCAGCCUGCCGAGGGUGGGCGUCGGCGCGGACACGCAGAUCGACCUCUCGUAUCUGCACGACACGUCCUUCAUGCAGAAGAAGCAGCGGCUCACCCAGGUUCUGCAGACCCUAUCGUCGGACGAGAGUAGGAACAAUCGUAACGGCGAAGGCGACACGGGCAAGUCGGCGGGGCUGCUGGCGGUGCCGUCGUUCAGCACGCUGCAGUCGCUGCGCAAGAGCAUCAUGGAGAACGGGAACACGUGCCCGCUCACCCAGAAGCACCUGGUGCAGCUGGACUGGGUCUCCAAGGAGGACGGCUCGCACAUAUUGACCGUCGCCGUCGGGUCGAGGGUCUUGCUCUUCACGCCCGUCUCCAGCGACCUCGCCCAGGCCAACUUGAAGGCGAUGAAGGAGUCGAUAAACAACAACCGGCCGAUACUGCGCAAGGCGUCCUCGCUCGCGGCGCCGCUCUUCGUGGAGGAGAUCAGGUGGAUGCAGCUGCGGCGCAUCGAGCUGAAGACGGCCGACGGGCUACCGCCGCUGCCCAUGCAGAUCUCGUGGGUGCGCGACGGCAUCCUCGUGGUGGGCAUGGACUCGGAGAUGCACGUCUACUCGCAGUGGAAGCCCGAGAACCAGGGCGCCCUCGCCGGCCAGGCUCAGGACGUGGAGGAAGGCGGGGAGUCGCGUGCUCUUCGCGACUCGGACCUUCGAAUAUCUGCACCGCACCUCCAAAGAGUUUCCUCCAUCAACCUCCAACUGUUGGAACGGGACGCGCGAAGGCGAAACAAAGCACAAUCGGAUCAGCCGCAGCCUCUGCUGAACUACAUGCCAGACUACGGGCUGUUUGAAGCUUCACAAAUGGCGUGCCCCGUCCUACCGCAGUACCACCCGAAACAGUUAAUGGAGCUACUCAACAGUGGGAAAAUUCGAUGGGUCAAAGCGAUACUCGCCCACUUAGUCAGAUGUAUCGGCGGUUCGUAUACAAGCCGCAGUUCUCAAGGAGAUGAGGACAGUCUCUCAAGACAGCGCGGCUGGUCGCGGUCGCGCACGCUGUCCGUGUCCUUCGCGGCCGGUGCUGCGUCGCCCCUUGACGGCGUCACACAGAUAACGGAAGACGUACAAUUGGAUUAUGCUGAGUUAACGUCCGUGCCGCCUCUACCUCUUUGGACAUUGUUGGUCGCCGACAAGGAGUCACCUCAUCAUCCGUCUACAAUUCAAGAAGCAAAGGACUACAAUGAACUUUUCGAGGGUACAAUGGAAACGGAGGAAGACUUAGACGCGCUGCUACUCAGCGAUGAGGACGGAGUGGAUCGACGACCCUCCAUGCCGGAGAGACAGCCGCUAUCGCAUUUCGGACCUAGGCAAGGGCGUAUCCUGUCGCGGCUGCUGACGCACACGCACCUGCCGGGGCUGAGCUCCCUGGACCAGAUGCACCUGCUAGCGCUCGCCGACACGGUGUCAACGUGCGACGCGGACUUCACCGAGCGCUUCGCCGCCAACGCCCGCGUCGACCCCGUCCACAACGGCGGCCAAGAGUUCUUGCCAGACUCUUUGGACGACUGCGGCCUGCGCUUCCUGCUGGCGAUGAAGCACUACGGCUACCUGCUGCGCUGCCUGCCGCUGGCGCAGCGGGCCGCGCUGCAGAGGAGCGGAGUGGGCACCUGCAACCUCGUGUGGGCGUACCACUCGGAGACGCACGAGCAACUGCUCUCCUUGGUGCCGGGAUACGCGAAGGGCCAGCCCAAGUGGUCCACCAUGAGGGAACUCGGCGUCGGCUGGUGGGUGCGCGGCGAGCUGCUGCGCACGUGCGUCGAGAAGCUGGCGCGCGCCGCGUACAUGGCCAAGCAAGAGCCAAUGGACGCGGCGCUCUACUACCUGGCGAUGAAGAAGCGGAUGCUGCUGUGGGGCCUCUUCCGAUCCAACCGCGACGAGAAGAUGACUGCGUUCUUCACAAACGACUUCUCCGAGGACCGGUGGCGAAAGGCCGCUUUGAAGAACGCGUUCGUUCUGCUCGGAAAGCAGAGGUUUGAGCACGCAGCGGCAUUUUUCCUACUGGGAGGAGCUUUGAAGGACGCCUUGGAGGUGCUCAUUACGCGGCUUGGGGAUUUGCAACUGGCGAUGGUCAUCGCCCGCCUAUACGAAUCGGACAGCACGCUGCCACCGAGUUUGAAGAAACUACUCAUGGAUGAGGUUCUAGGCGGCGAAGGCGAGGGCGAAGGCGAGAUAGAGCCGGAGCGCGCGCACCCCGACCCGUUCGUGCGCUCGAUGGCGCUGUGGGAGCUGCGCCGCUACGGCGAGGCUCUGGAUACGCUGGUCGGCCCCGCCGGGCGGCUGCACGCGGCGCGCGCGCAGGACCCCGCGCCGAGCGUCUUCAACUUCUACGUGUACCUGCGCACGCACCCGCGCCUCAAGCGGCACAACCUGCCCGCCCAGGGUGGGACAUUGGCGCUACUGCAGCAGGAAGCAGAAGAGGGCAUUACGCGCCUGGAGCGGCGCCUGUACUUCCAAACGGCGCAUGGCCACUUCAAGGCCGGCUGUCCGGCCCUGGCCUUGGAGGUCCUGUCGAAGCUGCCCGCCCGCGUCAGGGACGAGAAGAUUAAACACCCAGUCUCUGCCCCAUCGGUCGAAGAGACCUUUAUACACACCGGUCAGAUUGUGGAGGACUCGGCUGCCAAAAAGGAAGAAAAUGUUGAUUGGGGUUCAUCGUCAGUGGAUUGGGGCGCGCCGGUCAGUUCGAUCAAGAAUGACGAACUCGUUCUUGCCUGGGAUGAUGAUGACAAAGAAUCUAACGCAUCGGGCGCAUCCACGCCGCCUCUGGAGAUGAAAAUGGAUAAGACGGAGGAACCGGCCAACGCAGUUGACGCAGAGCAGAAGGAAGAUGCUCCUUCCGUAGACAUUAUGGCGCAACAGCUGAAGUUCGUGGCGUGUCUCAAGAUAUUGAUGGAGGAGCUUAGCACAUUGGCAACUGGUUUCGAGGUUGAUGGCGGCCACCUGCGCUACCAGCUGUACAUCUGGCUGGAGCGCGAGGUGGAGGCGCUGCGGCGGCUGUGCGGGUACGCGGCGGCGGGCGCGGCGGCGGGCGGGGCGCGGGGCGGCGGGGGCGCGGCGGGCGAGCUGCUGUGCGCGGACGCGGAGCCGCCCCCGCUGCCCGAGCGGCCCACGCUGCACCAGCUGCUGGUGCGCGAGAAGGCCGACUUCGAGGCGAAGGUGCAGCGCGCAGUGCGCAGGCGCCGCUGGCUCAAAGCGAACGAGACGCUGCUGCGCACGCUGCUCUCGUACUGCUCGCUGCACGGCGCCGGCGGCGGCGGGCUGGCCUCGGUGCGCAUGGAGCUGGUGCUGCUGCUGCAGGAGCUGGGCCAGGACAAGCAGCACCAGCAGCUGCUCUCGCCGCUGCCCUUCCCCACCACGCUGCCGCUGCUCGCGGCCGCCGUCGCCACCAACAACACGGUGGUGGCGGACCCCGUGCGCCAUCUGCAGUCUGUGGCGCACGACAUGCUGGGUACUCUGGGCGAGUUGGGAAUACCGGGCGGUUCUGCGACGAGGAUUCUGCACACGCUGCGAGAGCUCGCAGUCGCCCUUUCCGCUUGCAUAUACCAAAGCCUCUGCGACUCUGAUACGUUCAGCUUGAAGCACGCCCAGCACCACGAAGGAAUGAUAGCAGAGACGCCUGGUACUUCGAAUCUUCUCGUACGGCCGAGACGGUAUUCGAUUGAAGAGCUUUCAGUCACAACUUCGCCCAAUAAGUGGCCUGGCGUGUCGGCGCUGCGCGGGCUGGCGUUGCGCGCGGCCGAGGAGGAGGACUCGCCGCGGCUGGCGGUGCUGCUCGCGGAGGCGUUCUGCGCCGUGUACCUGGCGCUGCUCGGCUGGGCGCUGGCGGCGCGCGACGCCCACCUGCUCUACCGGCUGGCCGCGCACACGGCCGACGCGCGGGCGCACGCGCGCCUCUUCGGCGGCGGCGUGCGCCGGCUGCUCACCACCGCGCCCGCGCCCCCGCAGCCAAAGCUCGUGGAACGAACUGAAGGCACUUCGGUCUGGUCCUCUCUGCGGGAGAAACGCGCCCUACUCCACAUGCGUCUCCUUGGAAUGGGGCCCACUACGCCACAUAAGAACAUUCAAGAGGGUCGACCCACAUACCGAGAGCAGUUCGUGCCGCCUAUGUGCAGCAUACUCACCUUCUUGUUGACCAAGCCUACGCCGGAACAAGAUCCCGAGAACAACGACUACGACUCGGCGGAGUCCGGCGCCGAUGACGCGGAAGACAGCGCCAGCGAGCCUGACGAUGACGACAUCUUCGACACCAGCGCCAAUAAAAGCGAGAAGAGGCGCAAAGGUGCCAACACGGAGCACUCGGACCCCGACUCGUACUCUUGGCACGUGAUGCGCGUGGCCGUGCUGCGGCUGGCUCAGACCAAGCUGCAGCAGUUCCUGCAGCUCUGCGGCAUCGAGAUGACCGAGCUGGCGACGACGAGCCCCAUGGUGCACGGCGCGCUGCGGCGCGUGGACCAGUGGCAGCAGCAGCUCACCGAGACCCUCGAGUCCAGGGCGCCUCCCCAGGACUACAUCCCGGGCUGCUUCCCCGACCAGAUCACGGCCGGCCCGCCCAUCAAUAAGUACAGAUGCUUAUUAGAGAAGCACAACACGCCAUUCAGUUCUGUUCUGUAUAGUGCUGCCCCAGCGAGGCGCCUAUGGAGUUAUUUGGUUCGCCAGGAACAGGUUCAGGACGUGUUCAUCCGCGCCGUGUUCUCGCGGCGGCGCGCGCAGUCGCAGGGCGCGGAGGGGGCGGGCGGGGGCGGGGCGGAGGGGCGCGGCGGCUGCGUGCCCCACCAGCCGCGCCCCGACGACGACCUGCACAGCCCCGUGCGCAUCAUCCACAAGGAGCAGGACUCCAUCGCCGCGUUCUGCCUCAACAGGGUGGGGGGCGGGCUGCUGGCGGUGGCGACGGCGCGCGAGGUGCAGGAGAUGGACGUGUCGCUGCUGCUGCGCGGCGGCGCCAGCUGGGCGGAGGACGAGUGCGAGGUGGACCUGCUCUCGCUGGCCGCCGACCCGGCCGCCCUGCCCGACACCGGCUUCCUGCUCAUACAGCACCACGACAGACCGAAUAACAGCUCAGUGCCUGGGACGGGCAACAGUUCCCCGCUCAAUCCAAACGCACCCCAAGUGCCCAUCGGUAUGGCGAGCCAAUCCGGGCGCGGCACCAGCGUUGUGAAGGGUCUGCAGUUUCCGGGUUGCCACGACGCGAAAUAUUGUCGCCUGGUGCUGCAUCGCUCCAAACUCCUCAUGAAACCGGUUCUGAAGCACAAGAUCGACAACAUAAAAAGAAUGGCCGCACAUCCUUCACAACCGCUAUACCUGACGGGCGGCGCGGACGGCUCGGUGCAGCUGUGGGAGUGGGGCCACCCGUCGUGCGUGUGGUCGCCGCGGGCGCCCGGCGCCUUCGCGAAGGUCACCCGCGUGCGCUUCUCCGACUACGGGAACAAGUUCGCGGCGGCGGACGCGGACGGCAACCUCGCAAUGUGGCAGCUGCACCCGCCCGCGCCGCAGUACAACGCGCACGCGCCGCCCACCGCGCACGCCUCGCCCCGCCCCUUCUUCACUCAUCAGUGUCAUAGUAAAGGAAUUAGCGACUUCGUUUUCCUCGGUUCCUGCAGCUUAGUUGCCACUGCUGGACACAGUUCAGAAAGCAAAAACGUUGCCAUAUGGGAUACUUUAAUGCCGAUCAAAAAGGCGCUUGUUGUUUCGUGGACGUGCCACGAGGGGGGCGCCGCGUGCGUGGCGUGGGCGGGGGGCGCCGGUGCGCUCGUGUCGUGCGGCCGGAGGGGCGACGUGCUCGUGUGGGACUUGCGUGCGCGCGCGCCCCGCCACAAGCUGCACGCCCACCACGCGCCCAUCAAGUGCGUGUCGCUGUCGCCGCGCGAGGACUACUACGCCAUCGGCGCGGCGGACGGCGACAUAAAGGUGUUCUCCCUGACCACCCAUCAGCUGCUGCACACCUUCGCCGGCGAGCAUGCUAGGAGCUCUUUCUUCAAGCAUAUCGGCCAAGGCGUUACGCAAAUACACAUUGACAACGCCGUAUUGAGAGCAGACGUUGGUGUCAUCAGUAUC